CUUAUCUUCAAGCGGUUAAGGACAGAAAGAUUCCAAAAAAAAAUGGCUCAUUCAUGGGAUCAACUCGGGGAAAUAGCUUCAGUGGCUCAGCUCACAGGAGUAGACGCCGUGAAACUCAUCGGAAUGAUAGUCACCGCCGCUAAUACAGCUCGCAUGCACAAGAAAAACUGCCGUCAGUUCGCUCAGCAUCUUAAACUCAUUGGUAACUUGCUCGAGCAGCUUAAGAUCUCCGAGAUGAAGAAGACACGUCCCGAGAUUCAGGAACCGCUCGAAGGGCUUGAGGAUGCUCUUAGAAGAUCUUACCUUCUUGUUAACAGCUGCCAAGACAAGAGUUAUCUCUACCUUUUAGCCAUGGGAUGGAACAUUGUUUACCAGUUUCGUAAGGCUCAGGACGAGAUCGAUCGUUAUCUCAAGAUCAUUCCGCUUAUUACUUUGGUCGACAACGUUCGGGUUCGGGAGAGGCUUGAAGUUAUUGACAGUGAUCAGUGUGAGUACACACUAGAUGAAGAAGAUAGAAAGGUGCAAGAUGUUAUCUUGAAACAAGAAUCUACUAGAGAAGCUGCUGCUUCGGUUCUCAAGAAGACGCUCUCUCGUUCUUACCCUGAGAUGGGUUUCUGCGAAGCUCUUAGAACCGAGAAUGGGAAGUUACAAGUUGAGUUGCAACGUUCACGUGCGCGUUACGAUACGGAUCAGUGCCAAGUCAUACAACAUUUGAUUGCUGUUACAGAAACUGCUGAAGAUGUUGAAGAUGAACCUGUGAAAGAUGACUCGUAUGAUGAUUUGGUUUAUCCAAAGAAAAGUAGGACUAGAAGGUUAGAAUCAUCACAACACCAGGAAGAAUGGCACACUGACUUAAUGGAUUGUUGCUCACAACCUUCUCUAUGCUUGAAGACAUUCUUUUUCCCUUGUGGUACAUUGGCAAAGAUUUCAACUGUGGCAACUAACAGACAAAUCACUUCAUCUGAAGUUUGUAGUGAGCUAAUGGUGAAUUCUUUGAUACUCUCAUGCUGCUGCUAUACUUGUUGCAUAAGGAAGAAGCUUCGAAAGACGCUGAAUAUAAAGGGAGGGUCAAUCGACGACUUUUUGUCACAUCUAAUGUGUUGUUGUUGUGCACUUGUCCAAGAACUGAGAGAAGUCGAGAUUCGUGGAGCUUCUUACGAUACAGAGAAGAAGAAACAUAUGACUCCACCAUCUCCUCAGUUCAUGGAAGAAUGAAACUUUUCUAACACGGAACACAACAUUUAUCUUGGAUAGAUUGUCCUUGAAUAUUUAAUGUAAAUUAGAGUCUUUUCAGAACGCUCCUUGUACUUUUCUGUUACAUCGAAUAUGUAAUUAUGCAGGUGACAAAAAAAUUGUAAACAAUGGACAUCUGAUUAAAGUAGCAUGAACCAACCUAUAGUAACUUACUA